AUGCUGUGGGUAGACAAGUACCGCCCCAAGUCGCUCGAUGAAGUGGAGCUGUACCCGGAGCUGACAGGAGUGCUUAAGCGACUUGCUGAAUCGCAGGACCUUCCGCACCUGCUGCUCUACGGCCCGUCAGGUACGGGGAAGAAGACACGCGCCAUGGCGGUUCUACAUCAUGUGUACGGCCCCUCUGUGUAUUCCCUGCGGCUUGAGCACCGAUCUGUGCAGGUGACAGAUAGCAAAGUUGUUGACAUUGCAAUCCUGAGCUCUCCGCAUCAUAUUGACAUCAAUCCCUCAGAUGCUGGAAACUACGAUCGGGUGAUUGUAAUGCAAAUGAUUCGGGAGAUUGCCCAAACUGUCUCAUUGCAGACUAGUACCUCCACUGGCGUAAGGUAUAAGGUGGUGCUUCUUAAUGAGGUGGAUAAAAUGGGCCGAGCCGCGCAACACGCUCUUCGACGAACGAUGGAAAAGUACAUGUCAACAUGUCGGUUGGUGCUUAUCUGCAACUCAACCUCGCGUCUCAUAGCACCGCUUCGUUCACGAUGUUUGGCAGUCCGUGUCCCUUCGCACUCCAAGGAAAAUUUAAGCAAAGUUGUCCGGCACGUAUGUGAGCGCGAAAAUCGGUCACUGCCCUCCGCGGCGUUCAUGGCUACCGUGACACAGCGUUCCGAGGGUAAUCUGCGCCGCGCCCUGUUGAUGGUAGAGGCAGCUGCCAUGACAAACGUCGAGUUCUCCGGGAAUGGCACUGAUAUUCCCCAGCCGGACUGGCUGGUAUUUCUUGACGAAAUUACCAACGACAUUCUCUCAGAGCAAACGCCGAAGAAACUGCAUGAAAUACGUGGAAAAUUCUACGAUCUCCUUGGUCAGUGCGUCUCUGGCGAAGUGAUUCUUCGUGUGGUCCUUGAGAAGCUAAUGUCUGCGGUCGAUCCCGCACUUCGACGACCUGUGAUUGCCCUUGCAGCACAGUACGAUCACAACAUGAAGCUUGGUACAAAGCCUAUUGUGCACUUGGAGGCGUUUACUGCCGGCGUCAUGCAGCUUUUGAAGCAGACAUAG